CAUUUGGAUAAGAAUUCAAUACUCAUAUUCGAUGUGGCGAAAAAUGUGAAAAUCAGGCGUUCCACCAACUCCAAAACAAAUAAAGUUACGAUUUAUAAUAUUAAAGACAGAGGUUUCUACAUUGAUACACCUGGGUUAGAUGCUUCUCACGAAAACAUGAACGAUGAGAAAACAGCAGCGAAAACUUCAUAUAAACGUCAAGCAAAGUUUAUAGAAACUUUGAUGAAAUACUACACCGGUAAUGCUGCUGGUCCUCGUGAUGCUGCCAGAGAAAUGGCUACCUCGCUUUCAAGAACUGGCGAAUUUAAGAUUUUACUAUUUAAAAGUUUACCAUCUAAUAGUGUUUAUCGAAGGUUGCAAUUCUCAAGUGAUCAAUUAAAUGAGUUUGGUGUUUUUAAAGAAUCGGAACCGGACCGAAUCGUUGCAAGAUAUGAAUCGUUAAUGAAAGGACAUAUCGAACGUCCAAUAUUUCUCGAAAUUAGAAGAGUCAAGUGUUUGAAAUGUUCCGAAGAAACUGAUCUGAGGUUUGCAUCACCAAAGUGUCAUUUGGAUUCAGAAUCAUUUCACCCUGAUACAGAGCUUGUGCAUCAAGGAAACGUUAUAGAUAUACAUCCUGCUUCACAUUUUCAAAAGCAUUCAGAUCUCUAUGUUGGAGCUAUAACUAGAAAAGUGUCUGACCAUAGUCCCGAAGCUUGGACCACUCGUGUCUUUACUUUUGGGGAAUUAAACCUAAAAGAUCAAAACACAUACCUGGAUACUGGAAGUGCUGCAAUAAGGAAGUUGUUAAUGCAGAUGGAUGCAAGCAAGUUUAUCGUUGUUGUGAAAAAGAUUUUCCAUCUUCCGGAUGCAUAA